AUGCCUUCCAAUAUUGAACAUGUCGCCCUACCCCGCCGGCGACGCAUCGUGGUCGCCAUGACCGGCGCAACCGGCGCAGUCUUGGGAAUCAAAUGUCUCAUCGCCCUCCGUCGUCUCAAUGUGGAAACUCACCUAGUCAUGAGCAAAUGGGCCGAAGCAACCAUCAAAUACGAAACCGACUACCACCCGGCCAACGUCAAGGCGCUCGCAGACCACGUCCAUAAUAUCAGUGAUAUGGCUGCGCCGAUCUCAAGUGGUUCCUUCAAGGCCGAUGGCAUGAUCGUUGUUCCUUGCAGUAUGAAGACGCUCGCUGCUAUUCACAGUGGAUUCUGUGACGACUUGAUUUCUCGCACUGCGGAUGUGAUGUUGAAGGAGAGAAGGAGACUUGUGCUCGUGGCUAGGGAAACACCAUUGAGUGAUAUUCAUUUGCGCAAUAUGUUGGAGGUUUCUAGGGCCGGUGCGAUUAUUUUUCCCCCUGUGCCGGCGUACUAUAUCAGGGCUGCAUCUGUCGAUGAGCUGGUUGAUCAGAGCGUGGGGCGCAUGUUGGACCUAUUCGAUUUGGACACGGGCGAUUUCCAACGAUGGGAGGGCUGGCAGACUGAGAAAUAA